UCAUCCAAAUUGUUUUGCGCGUGUUGUUUGUGUGUGUAAAGUCGUACCUAAGAAAAUUUAAGGAAAACCUUUGAAAAAAUGUAUAUUUACGAUCUGCCGUAUGAAAUUAGAAGAGAAUUGUGUAGAUUAUUGGACGAUGACAAUGUUUGGAAGGAACUGGCUGACAAUAUGAGCUACAAAGCAUUUGAAAUUAAAGAAAUAGAACAAAUGGCCCACCGUAACUGUAAGUCAUCGACGGACCAGCUAUUCACAAACUGGGGCCAACUCAACCACAGAGUCGGAGAACUCUUUAUUUUACUGUACCGCAUGAAGCACAUACCAGCUUUACGGGUACUUCUACCGGUGGUGGAGAGUAAAUACCAUGCGCUGUUGACGAAGAUCUGCCCUACCGGAGGACGGGACAAAGACACAUCUGUUAUUGAAGAUAAAAACAACAAAAAGCAAAAGGUUCACACAGAAGACUCUCUGAUACCAAUACCAGUGAAGCUGAUUGAACAGGGUGUACCUCUGCCGACUUCCAGCGGGGGUCUCGUCGACUCGCCUACAGACGAUGACUUCGAUAUUAGUAAGACAACGUCAUCAACAGAUAGCAGAGAGAACGAUAUCCGAGCAGAAAUCAUGCGCAACGUGGCAGCUAUACCUAUGUUGAAGUACGAAGAACUGAAGGAAGCUACAGGCAACUGGAGCGCAAGCAAUUUGCUUGGACAGGGCGGGUUCGCGCAGGUGUUUAAAGGUGAAUGGAAGCAACUGACAGUAGCUGUGAAGAGGCUGCGAGCAACAGACGCGAGAGACAGGGAACUCAUAAGGGAGCUGUGUCUCAACCAGUACCGACAUGACAACAUAGUGCCUCUGUAUGGAUACAGCUGUGGAGGUGCAGAAGUAUGUCUAGUGUACCAGCUAAUGGCGGGCGGGUCUUUGGAAGUGCGCCUGCGCGGAAGAAACAACAUAGCGCCGCUGUCGUGGCCGCAGCGGCAUAAAAUAGCGCACGGUGUUGCCCGAGGCCUCCAAUUCCUUCACACCAUGACGAGUACGCCGCUCAUCCAUGGGGACAUCAAGCCAGCGAAUAUUCUCUUAGAUCAGUGCCUCAUACCGAAGAUUGGCGACUUUGGAUUGGCAAGAAAGGGACCUUAUGGAGAUAAUAGGACGCACUUUAAAGUUUCUAGGGUCCACGGCACGCGUCCCUACCUCCCCGACGAAUAUCUUCGCUCGGGCUGUCUAUCACCAGCAGUGGAUGUGUUUUCCUUCGGCGUGGUGCUAUUGGAACUGGCCACGAGUCUGAGGCCGGCGGAUGCUUCGCGUCCCAUACAAAAGCUGGCGGACUUCAUGAGAGUGCAGAAGGAACAGCGACAGGACACGGCUCAAUACGAAGACCGCGUGCUCUACGGAACUCCGCACUCGAACCCGCAACUAUGCCGCGAGUUCAUAAACAUGGGCAUCCACUGCACCAGCUAUCAGCGCAACGAACGGCCCAAAAUGUUGGAAGUGUACAAACGGUUGGAUAGCAUGAUGCACCCGCCUAAAGCUACGUGAAGAUUGGUGAGUUCAAGUAUAUGUAACUUAGUCCAAGAAGGCCAAGUCCAAUGUAAAAAAGAUAAGUCCGAUGUAAAUGGGAACAACUCCAAGUCCGGUGUAAAAAGGAACAACGCCAAUGUAUAAAUGACAAUGACGUAAAAAAGUUUAUGAAAAAUGUAUUUUCUUUUUGUUUUUGGACUUUUACACAAGGUGCUACAGUUUAAAUUAAUAUGGUUACUAUUGUACUUUAAUUCAUGAACAUGGGCAUUGGGCAUCCACUGCACCAGCUAUCAGCAUAACGAACGGCCCAAAAUGUUGGAAGUGUACAAACUGUUGGAUAGCAUGAUGCACCCGCCUAAAGCUACGUGAAGAGACUGUGGUUAGUUCAAACAAGUCCAAUGUAAAAAGCAACAAAGACAAGUCCGAUGUAAAAAGGUACAACAAGUUAAAGUAAAUAACGUGGUUAAUAUUUACCAUUGGUUGAGGGUCAAAACUGAAGCGAAGGGACUCAAACGCGACAUUUAUGUAUUGCUUUUAGACUUUUAGUAAUGUACUUUUAGUACACAAAUAUAUCUAGAUGUUUUAGCUAAGAUACGACACUGUAUUAUAUCAAACGUUUAACAGUUGACAAGUCUAGAAGUCUACAAUAUUAAAACCAAUUAGAUUUAAGGCUAAAAUCACUCAAAUUAUAUGAUAAGUAAAUAUAAAUAAGUAAUGUGCCUCUUAAUAAAAAGAUAACUAUUGUUAAUUAUUUAAGUAUAAUUAUGUGAUCGUCCGUCUAAAUAAAACGUAUUUAUGCCAGAAAAUACGGCAAUAUAUUUUUUUAAUUCGAUAGUAUGAUAUAAUUUUUCUUGAUGAUGUUUUGUAAUUUUGAAGCACAAAAAAUUUUUACACCAUGAUCUAUUUACGCACUAUGGCCAUGGUGGUAAAAUUAAUAUUUUUUGAAAACACAUAAUAUGGUAUUGUGCCUUAUAAAUCUUAUUCUUCCAAUACGAUUAAUGUAUUAUUUUUACCUGUAUAAUUAUGUUUAAUAUGCUUUUUUAAAGUCUGUCUAGUCUUCCAUUUUAAAAUAAGUAUUUUCGUAAAUAUUAUAUUUACUAACAAUUUAAAUCAAAUAAAAUGUUUCUAGCUUUUAUUUGCGAUAAGAAUUUAUAAAAUAGUUAAGUUUAUUUAAGUACAUUCUUACUUAAAUCUUUUAUGAAUGAGAAAUAAAUAUUUUAAGUAAAACAUGAAAUGAAACACUCUUGUAGGUUGUUGAACUUGUAUUUCAGCACCACUGAUUUACACAAUUCCGACAUUAUGACGUCAACCUAAUAGUACCUCUCGCUUCGAACGCUCAAAUCGAACUGACUGUCCAGCGGCAUGCCAGCGAUAAGGUAACUUCCCCUUCCAUCAGUGAAAGUCGACCGGUUCAAAACGACUUAUCGACGGCAUGCCCCGGAACUAGUCAAAUGCAAUACUUAUUUCAUAAUUAGCUGUUUUUUAAUUUUUAAAAUACUAAAAUGUAUACAAUAAAAAUCUAAAAUAAUUAUAUUAAAUAAUAAAUAUGAAAUAAUUGGAUGUAAUACACAAUAAAUUCUAAAAUCAUUCUAAUGUCUGCAAAAUGCCUAGGAAGUAAUCAAAUAAAGUAUUUUAAUUUAAUAAUGGGUUUUAGGGUUCUUCUAAAAUACAAUAAAAAUACUAAAAUUGUUGCAAUAACUAUUUAAAAGUAACCAAUAAUCGUAUAAAAUACAAUAUAAAUUCUAAAAUCAUUACAUUCGGCCAUCCGACACCGUGAUGCCUCCCGGCAUUCACGUCUAAUAAGGAUUUAUUCUAAAAUCAUUAAUAUUACUUUUCAAAACAAUAUGGAGCAUAUAUAGUAGAAUGAUAAACAAUUCUAUGACAACUUGUUAACAAGUGUUUUAACAUUAAUAAUGUAUUUUAGAAACUAUAUUCUUCAUAUU